AUGCUUCCACUAUACACUUUGCUUGGAACUGACGAUGGGGGAAAUACUGGUGGUGGUGGUGGUGGCGAUGAUAAUACUGGUGGUGGCGAUGAUAAUACUGGUGGUGGCGAUGAUAAUACUGGUGGUGGCGAUGAUAAUACUGGUGGUGGCGAUGAUAAUACUGGUAAUGGUGAUGAUAAUACUGGUGGUGGCGAUGAUAAUACUGGUGGUGGCGAUGAUAAUACUGGUAAUGGUGAUGAUAAUACCGAUAAUGACGGCGGAAAUCCUGAUGAUGAUUCCGGAAACGGAUCAGCAACGUUGGGAUUGUUUGCACCACUUCUGGCUCUCGGGACGCUGUUUGUGAUGCUGUUCAGUCGGUGA